GUUAUUUGUUUGUGUACCUACAAAAUACAUGAUAAUUGAUUAGACGCACCAUCAAAUCUUCUUAUUAUUAUUAGUGAAAAGAAAAAGGAAGAAAGAAAUAGUCAUGCUCAAAAAAGUAUUAAGUAACGCAAGCUUUACUGAGCGAAACCGCUUGCAUGGCUCGUUGAGGUUAUGUCACAAAAUCAGCAAACAAACUAAAGAGAAACCACCUCCAAAACUGGCUGCGGACGUAGUUAACUAUGUAAACAGUUUACCAGAAUACAGCAAUAUUAAAGACAAAAUACCUAGGACAUUACUCAAGAAGUACAAAACUCCAGAAAGUAUGUACUUGAUUAACCAAAAGUCUGCAAAAGAUAUAGUCAACACAAUACAAAAUCACAUAAACGACAACUCACCUCUAAUAGAAGUGAAUCCUGGCUUCGGGUUCUUAAGUGAAGAAUUAUUGAAAUGCCAAACAAAGCCUAUCUACAUGUAUGAAAUGUCGAGUCAAUUCACAAGUAAUUUAACUAAUUUACAAGAAAAAUACCCUGGGAGAAUAACUUUCAAACUAGCAGAUUUCUUUGGUAUGUGGAAGUUAGCAUUUAAGGACAAAUUAGACCAAGGGACCAGGAUUCAGGAGUUAUUAGGGGAUUUAUACACACAUGACAGUGAUCGUGUAGUAAAAGUUAUCGGGUCUAUGCCAGGAUUAUCUUUUGUGAAGCAUUUAAUUAAUAACAUAAUUUUUCACAAUGCAAACAACCAACUUGGGAAACCUGACCUGUUUAUCACAAUGCCAGGACAUCACUAUGAAUUUCUUACAGAUAGUGAAGUGCAGUUUCAAAAGCAAAGGUCAAUACCAGCAUUAUUCCAGAUGUUGUUUCAUUACAAAGUACUAACAACUGUGCCAAAAGUGCACUUCUUGCCCUGGACAUACAAUUCUAACAGUAAAAAAAGUUCAUUGAUGGAUGACCACAGGCUGUUACUAGUAAACAUCACACAAAGAGAUACAUUGCCAUGUCCACCUCAGUAUUUACCAUUGCUGUGGUAUUUUUUCAAGCCACAUAUGUUGUCUAAAUCUACAAGAAUUAUACCAACAUUAGAACAGUGGAUACCCGGUUGCGGAGUUUGGCUUAUUACUGGUCAAGAUCCCCCAGACACAAACAAAGAGUUGGCUCCAGGAAAAAACGACGCCAAGCUACCCCACAUGACAAUAUUCACAGAGUUUGGGGAUCUAAACCUGGCACAAAAAAUCACUGUCUUCAAGAGAUUCAUAUCUUGGCCAGAAUUCGAGCAAUGCCAGUUUAGAACGACUAUGGAAAAUAACUUACCUAAGUUUAUUACCAACCUCGAUGAUGACGAUAAAGAAACUAUAGGUACGCACAUAGAAGAUAUAGAACACUCGGAUGCGGAAAAUGAUACGGAACAUGUUUAAUAAUAAAACCAUGCAUUAGAAGGA